AUGAUACAUCACCAACAAUCUUCAGUGCUGUCAGCUUAUGAGGCACAACCGACACAGCUGAAGUCUAACGUGGAUGUUCUACAAUCACUUUUGACAGAAGUACUAAAUGUGGACGCUUUCAACCUCAAUUCAUUUCUUCUUUCAUUUCUUCGAAAAAUCGACCAUUCACUUCCCUUGGAUGACUUUUAUAAUAUUCUUUAUAAUCCAAUGAGAUUUGACGAUUUGAGAUCACUUCCUUCAAUCGACAAGGUCGACAAGACAUUUCCUUCCGACAGUUUCACAAGUACGAUAAGCAUAAUUCAACGUGUUCUUGAAGCUUUCCGGUCACCCGAAUCUUAUUCAACGCAUGUCUCCUCCGGUCGAGAAUCUGACAUGAAAUCCUCUAAUGUGAACUUUCAUGAACUCCUACGGUCGUUGUUGGCUAUCAAGAUUUUGGAUCACUCAUUGAUAGAAGUGGAUUCUAGUGAUACCAAAGUAGAGUACCCUCCAAUCCCAAGACUUGAUAUAUACAAGGUUUACUAUAUUCUUUGCCAGAAGCUCAUUCUCAAAUAUCCCACCUCAUCAAACUCGACAAGUUUACAGCAAAAACUUAUAUUUGGGCAAUCUAAAUUGGGCAAACUAAUAAAACUUGUGUAUCCUAAUUUGGUAUCAAAGCGUCUCGGUCGUCGAGGCGAGUCAAGGUACAAUUACCUCGGUGUCCGCUGGAAUCAGGAUGUUGUCGACAAAGAGAUCACUAAGUUAUGUGAAAGCGAACUAUUCGAAAUAGCAGAGAUGUUCAAAGUGCUGAAGAAAACCUCGGGCCUGGCACAAAGUAGGUCUUCAAGACAUCAGCGUACACUUGAAGCUCGCUCUACUAAAAAGCGAUACUCCACUGAUUCUCUUCGACCCGAGAAUCUUGAAGUUAAGGCCCAGGGAACAUUUGUCGAGCCGCAUCAUUUCUUUCCAAAAGGGGCCUUCACUCUGAAAGCAUACCUUGAUGAGAAGUUAAAUGAGAAUAUUGAGAAAAACUGGUUCGCUGCCACAUUAAAAUUAUCCUCUGACGCGCUUUUGUCUCUCGGCGUUCUGUCGGCAGAAAUCAAUGGUCUUAUAUUUGAUGAAGGGAGUUCAUCUGAUACCGACGAUCACCUCCUUCGAGGAGUCAUUGAUACAUUAAUACCAAAACUUUUGGGAUCACCGGAUCAGCCGCGAAUCUAUCUCCAUUUGUACAUGGUGAUAUCGCUCAACGUUUUUCCUCACUUGCUACUGCUCCGAAAGCCAUUGCACACAGACAGUAUCAAAAGGUUGUUUUCGAGGGUCACAUAUUUGAUUCAAAAUAUGGAGACAGAAAUGGUGUCCGUAGCGGGCGAAAAGAUGAGACAACAAGACAUACGAAACUUUCUUGGUAUUCUUUCCCGCAUGAUACAUCUUAAUAAACUCCUUGCGGCCUUCUUUAAGGCAGAUUUGCAAGCUUACAUUUUGAUGGAGAUGCAAGAGGACAUUGUAAGAAUAUUGAACGAAGGACUGAAAGACGGACCCAACGAAACACACAGACUAAUUUCAGAGGCAUGUAUCAGUGUCACUCUUGCAUGUCGCUACAAACCACAGUUUAGAGGCGUCCCUGUAAGAGAAAAUAUAAGAGAAUUUCUUUCGGAAUCCUGCCAUAUAAUGGAAAAGAUGGUAAGUGAAGAUUUAGCUCAAUUUGUUUCCAACAUCAUGGAAUCUGGAGUUCCGCUGACCAGAGAGGACUCUCAUGAUGCAUUGAAAUUUCGCUUCUUGUUGGCCACACUCAAGCUUGUGGAUGAGGGCAUCCUCAAUGAAAAUAUGAAGUCAAGAUUUCCUGCUCAAGUGAUAAGAGGAUUUUAUUCCAGAGUUACGAUACAAAUUCUUCAAUUCACUUAUCGAGCACAUGCGUCUAUGCUAGGAGGCAGAACCUUGAGUCCCGCCAAUCCGACUUUCCGUUUGUGGUACGUAUUAGAGAGUUUUAUCCAAGAGUAUCUUGACGUUUUGGCAGAGUUGAAUAGUCUUCACCUAAAAACCAUAGAAUAG